UUUCAGCAGAUAUUUGAUAAGAGCAGAUUUGAAAUUUAUGAAUAUCGUGAAUCAAUAAAUUUUGAAAUAUUUGAAAAAAAUGAAAAUGAUAGAGCAGUAGAAAAUAGAAAACUAACUAUAAACGAAUUAAUGGAAAGAACAUGA